AUGUGUCAACAUAGAGGAACCUCGUGGAAGGCAAAUCAUUGGCUAUGGGAGUGGGGUCAGCUAGCCCAACUUUACACGAUCACAUAUAAUCAAAGACUGGAGGCGCAAAAGGUUCAGUAUAUGAAGCAACUGCAAGGAAAGUACCGUUAUGUUCGCCAAGCUGUGUUGCUGGACUGGCUAAAGAAACUUUUGGAGAAACAAGGCAUAUAAAUAAAUUUACUAAUUAUAAAUAAAUUAUAGGACUGCAAGGACCCAUUGGC